GCCGUCUCUCGCGAGAAUUCCAUUUGUUAUCUUGCGUCCUUGCUAAGUUCGAAAUGGGGUACUGGGAUAAACCAGAGGGCACAGACUGUGUCGAAAAAACAUGGAUCAUAACCAAACUGGGCACGGCUUUGGGCCUAGUUGGUUCAGCCUAUCACAUAGUGGUUUUUCAGCCUGAUUCUGCAUUGGCAGCGCUACAGAGGGCUACCAGCACUACUGUUACCAUGGCCACCAUGGGAGCCAUCUUCGGAAUGGCGACGUGUCUCAGUGCUCAGGCUCGUGAAUCUCCAAAUGACCCACUGAAUUACUUCAUUGGGGGCUGUGCCUCUGGGAUCUUCCUGGGAGCCAAAACCCACAGUGCUAUGACGGGUACGUCAGCGUGUCUGGGUCUGGGCACACUGGCCUUCUUCACAAAAGUCGGCAAGACGGAGGGCUGGAAGUUAGCUGGACCCCCCAAACUAUGAGGAGGAAGAUGUCUGUAAGCGGAACUAAAUGUUGUAAAAAGAAGUCAUGUAAUAAAGGUCUCCUGAAAAU